GAAAUCCGUAGCAGAGGAAGAAAGGAGUGAGGUUUGCUUUGUUAUUUGUUACUGAUUACUACUUUCUGAUAGUGAAGGAUCGCAAAGAUCAUGCCGAAUCCUAAACUUGGACGAUUGCCCAGCGCCCGAGAGAAGGUCGAAGACACCCUCUCUGCUCACCGUAACCAACUCGUUUCUCUCAUUUCCAGGUAUGUUGCCAAGGGGAAAGGGAUUCUGCAACCGCAUCACCUCCUUGACGCGUUAGCCGACGUUGUCGAAGAAGAUAAAGGAAAGCAAAAGCUUGAUGAUUGCCCCUUAAGUGAAGUCUUAGAAUUCGCUCAGGAAGCUAUAGUUCUUCCGCCGUUCGUCGCUAUAGCGGUUCGUCCAGGGCCCGGCGUUUGGGAUUUUGUUCGUGUUAACGUUGACGACCUCAGUGUUGAACAAUUGAGUGUCUCUGACUAUCUUCGCUUCAAGGAGGAACUCGUUGAUGGAGAACGCGAUGAUCCUUUCGUGCUCGAACUCGAUUUUGAACCUUUCAACGCGUCGUUUCCUCGCCCAAGCCGGCCAUCGUACAUCGGCAACGGUGUUCAAUUCCUCAACCGUCACCUCUCUUCAAUUAUGUUCCGUAACAAAGACUGUUUGGAGCCUUUGGUUGAUUUUCUCCGAGCCCACAAAUACAAGGGGCAAGCAAUGAUGCUGAAUAAUCGCAUUACCAGUGUAUCCAGACUCCAGUCUGCCUUGGCAAAAGCAGAGGAUUAUCUUUCAAAACUCCCGCCAGAGGCACCUUAUUGUGAUUUUGAGCAUAGAUUCCAGGAAAUGGGUUUUGAAAGAGGUUGGGGUGAUAAUGCAGAACGUGUUUCUGAGACAAUACAUCUACUUUCUGACAUCCUUCAAGCACCUGAUCCAUCUGUUUUGGAGACCUUCCUUGGGAGGAUUCCAAUGGUGUUCAAUGUUGUCGUUCUAUCCCCACAUGGAUACUUUGGCCAAGCAAAAGUCUUGGGUUUGCCUGACACUGGUGGGCAGGUUGUUUAUAUACUGGACCAAGUGCGUGCCUUGGAGAAUGAAAUGAUUUUGAGAAUGAAGAAGCAAGGCUUGGAUAUUACUCCUAGGAUUCUUGUGGUGACACGACUAAUACCUGAUGCAAAAGGGACGACAUGCAACCAACGUCUUGAGAAAAUUGGUGGAACAGAAAAUACAUACAUUUUGCGGGUGCCAUUUAGAAGUGAGAAAGGGAUUCUUCGUAAAUGGAUAUCGAGAUUUGAUGUAUGGCCAUACCUGGAAAGGUUUGCGGAGGAUGUAUCAAGUGAAAUUGCUGCUGAGUUACAGGCUAUUCCAGAUCUGAUAAUUGGCAAUUAUAGUGAUGGGAAUCUCGUUGCAUCAUUACUGGCUUAUAAGCUUGGAGUCACACAGUGUACAAUUGCACAUGCACUGGAGAAAACAAAAUAUCCAGAUUCAGACAUAUAUUGGAAAAAAUACGAGGACAAGUACCAUUUCUCGUGCCAAUUUACUGCUGAUAUUCUUGCUAUGAACCAUGCAGACUUUAUAAUCACCAGUACAUACCAAGAGAUUGCAGGAAGCAAGAAUACCGUUGGGCAGUAUGAGAGCCACUCAGCUUUCACUCUUCCAGGGCUCUACCGAGUUGUUCAUGGUAUUGAUGUUUUCGAUCCAAAGUUCAAUAUAGUCUCCCCUGGGGCAGAUAUGACCAUAUACUUCCCAUACUCAGAGAAGGAAAAGAGACUUUAUGCCUUGCAUGGUUCAAUCGAAAAGCUUUUAUAUGAUCCUGAGCAAAAUGAUGAGCACAUUGGAAUGUUGAGUGAUCGAUCGAAGCCCAUCAUCUUUUCCAUGGCUAGACUUGACAGAGUGAAAAAUAUGACAGGCCUGGUUGAGCUUUACGGUAAGAAUGCCAAAUUAAGGGAACUUGUAAACCUGGUUGUGAUUGGUGGUUAUAUUGAUGUGAAGAAGUCCAAUGACCGUGAAGAAAUUGAAGAGAUUGGGAAGAUGCAUUUCCUCAUAAAGAAAUACAAGUUGGAUAACCAGUUCCGUUGGAUAUCAAUCCAAAUGAAUCGAGCACGCAAUGGUGAGUUUUAUCGCUACAUUGCUGACACAAGAGGUGCCUUUAUUCAGCCUGCUUUCUAUGAAGCUUUUGGGCUUACUGUUGUCGAGGCCAUGACUUCAGGCCUUCCAGCAUUUGCAACUCGUCAUGGAGGUCCUGCUGAGAUAAUUGAGCACGGUAUCUCAGGCUUCCAUAGUGAUCCAUAUCGCCCUGAUCAAGCAGCUGAACUUAUGGCUGAAUUCUUUGAACAGUGCAAGAAGGAUCCCAGCACAUGGGACAAGAUCUCUGAGGGAGGACUGAAGCGAAUUUAUGAAAGGUACACAUGGAAGAAAUAUUCGGACAGGCUAAUGACAUUAGCUGGAGUAUAUGGAUUCUGGAAGUAUGUGUCAAAGCUUGAAAGGCGAGAGACCCGGCGCUAUCUGGAGAUGUUCUAUAUUUUAAAGUUCCGGGACCUGGCAAAUUCCGUUCCACUGGCGGUUGAUAUCUAGACUAGGUGCUGUUUUGAAUGGUUAUAACGGAAUUUGAAUAAAGUCCCUGGUAAAUAAAGUCCUCUGUUG